AUGGGGAUAACAGGGAGUGAGGUGGUGAAAUGCGUGGGUGGGUAUUAUAAGUGUUUGGGAGGGGCAAAAUUGGGACGAAAGGGUUACGUACCAGUGAAGGUUGGCAUGGACGAAGAAAGCAGCAGGAGAUUUAUGGUUGAGACGAAGGCUCUCAGGGACGCGCGUUUCUGCGAGCUUCUCUCCAAAUCAGCCGAGGAAUUAGGGUUUUAUAAUGAUGGAGUUCUCAGAAUCCUGUCUGAACCUCACGAUUUUGAACUCUGCUUCCUCAAAUAUUCCACUACGACAUCAAUUCGGCCACGUCCUCCUCCACUCUUUCUUCACUUGUUUAAAAAAUUCGGUGUCCUCUAG